UCAGGUCCUCAUGCCUUUGUCAAGGCGGGACAAGGAGACAUGGGCGCUUACUCGAUCCUAUCGACAUGAAAGAGGAGCAGCACGUGAUGCGCGUGGGCAAAACUGAUUGCUUUCGGUAUUUCAUGGAUUUCUAAAACGCCACGAUGGAGGUCGUCACUGAGGCGACAUCCGCCGCGAUUGCUGCAGCAACUUCCGCUGUCCUCGUCUACCCCUUAGACACUAUUCUUGUGCGAUAUCAAGCGUCGAGUCGACGGAAAGUAACAGAUCCAUACACCGCUGCCUUCCACUUCAACAGCGGACACAAAGAGCUCGCGAAAAUCAUCUUGGAGCUUCUACGCGAGCAGUCGCCGGGAUCACAUGAGCCUUCCCCAACAAAACGUACAGCCUCUGAGCAGAGGGCCCGUGACAGCUUCACUUCUCCGGAAGACGUUGUUGUUCAUAUUGCCGAGACACUGAGAAAACUGUACAAGGGCGUUGGUGUCAAGGUGUUCGAGGCGGUUGUGAGGAAUUUUGUGUACUUCAUCUGGUACAAGCUUCUGAAGGAGACGUACGAUCGACGUGGUGGACAACAAACGGUUGCCUCGCGGCUCUUUCUUGCAACGGCUGCCGCAGUGAUCAACCAGUGUUUCACAGCACCUUUGGAAGUAAUAUCCACAAAUGUGCAAACGACAGGUCUUAACUAUCGUGCAGUCAUUCGAAAAAUUUUCCAGCAACAAGGAUUUCGGGGAUUUUACCGAGGAUUCGCCGCCUCGUUGAUUCUCUGCUCAAACCCAGCCAUCACCAAUGCCUGCUUCGAUCGCCUCAAACUCCUCCUUCAGGUUGUGGUGGCGGCUCAAGCACGAAGAAACGCGGAUCCAAUUCUAGACGAGGAAACACCGCUGGAUUCAAACCAACAUCUCUUGCCGAUCACACCAGCGCAGGCGUUUUGCCUCGGCGCUCUUUCCAAGGCCCUCGCGACUGUUGUCACGUCCUUCUGCAUGUACAGUGUACUCGGACGCCGCCUCGACCUGGGUCCGUCAGCCCAGACUCUGGCGGAAGCAGUACACCUGAAAGACUUCCCAGCUGACGAAGGCGAGAGCAGCGGCGCCGGGAGUCGCGGUCUCAGCUCGGUGGGAAGCAGUCCGACGACGGUGGGGCCUGAGGAGCGACGCGGCCUUCCUUCACUUCUCUCUUCUCCCGGUUCUUCUCUUUCUUUUUCCUUCUCUUCUGCGCGUCCUCUCGGCACCUCUGCCUCCUUUAGCACGCUGACCUCGCACCCGACCCAGGAAAGAACAGAAGACACCUCGUUCGCGGGAGAAGAAGGCCUCUUGGCGGGAGAAGAAGGCCUCUUGGCGGGAGAAGAAGCGCGGCUACCGGGCAUGUGUGAAGACGAGGAACGCGGAACGCGAACAGCUCACGACCGUCCACAACAUGAGACAGAUCCACUUGUCACUGUCUUCGUGGACACCAAUGAUAUGCUGAAAGCGGCCUCGUUCUGUUUAGCUGACAAACAGGAGUCUCCUGGAGUGGGCGAAGAUCGCGCCUACCACAUGUUCGAUUCCAGAGGCGACGCGAUGCUGUCGAACGGGGACGAGGUUCUGGGACCUCAUGCAGUUCCUGUGGAGAGGGCGGCGGGUGUCAUUGCCUUCAUGGUUUCCACGCUGGCGCAAGAAGGUCUGCCUGGUCUCUAUCGAGGCUUGACUCUCCAACUCUGCAAAACUCUGAUUGCUGCCGCCAUCUUGUACAUGGUGAAAGAGCGCAUCAGUGCUGAAACGCAUCAGACGCUUGAACGCGCUUGGCGCCUUUUCCGGAAGAAGAACGGCAGCUCCUAAGAAACGGAAAAAUUGCAAGGAUGGCGACAACGGGAGGGAAAAGGGGAACAAUUAUCCGUGGACAAUAACGCCACGCAUGUUUCUGCUUUUUGGAGAGACGCACAUGGGGAACAACCGUUUCUGUUUGCCUGCAAUCCAUUUCCCAGUGUGAUCUUUCUCUUGGACCACAACGCCCUUUCUGAAAACCGAAUGCAAACGACAACCGCACCUAGACUCUGCCGGGUCCCUCCGAACGCAUCCUUCAACUAUAGGAAGCGAUCUCCACCCGAAUCCAAAGAAAUGUUCGUAAAUAUGGAUAUAUAUAUUCAUAUAUAUAUAUAUAUAUAUAUGUAUAUAUUUUAUAUUUUAACCACAUACGUAUACAUACAUCUACUCAUAUGCACAUGAGCACGUGCAUUCAGUUCGACAAACAAAUGUUUAUAUGGAGAACUGUUCGACUUCUGCAUGCAUUUAGAUGCAUUUAUUCAAAUUCAUGGUGAUCGGUGCUGAUACUCCUAAUAUGUCUAGAUGUAUAGAGAUUCACGUUAGUAUACACGUGUGUAUACUGUGUGGACUUUUGAGACGCGGUCCGCGUAACAAAACGAGAAAAUGCAUGCACGGAAACACCUGCGUGCACAGUACCACCUGCAUGCGCAGUAGAGACUGCAUGUGACUGGCAGAUGCCAGGUUUUCCCUAGUAUUUUUUCCGCCAGUAAAAAAAGGGUGACUUGGCUGCGGUAUCGCUACUAGCAGCCCAUUUUCCCUCUUCUCCCUUGUACUUUGGUCAAGGGAAGUUGAUGCAUCUUGACCUGCUCUCUCUUUUUAGAGGUGGAACUGCGGGAGGAAAACGACAGGGACGCGCGGAGGAGAGUGUAUCGCGUGCGAGAAAAAACGUGUAGAAGGGCUUUUAUCUUGUAAGUCGACCUCCAUCAGAGGCGAAAAAAUGAGGUGGAAUUUCAUCUCAGGUGAUUGUUUCGAGAAUCCCGAUGUACGCAUGCAUGCAGAGGCGAAAAUACGGGGGCUUGCUCUUCAAUCUAGAGAAGGUGGAAUGGAGAGUGUUUGACAGCCUGAAAAGGGUGGAAGAAAAGAUUUAUCAGGUGAACCAAGCGGACUGGGAAAACAUAUGGAGAACGCCUAUGGCUGGAGGGAAGCAGACCUCUCC